AUUUGCGUUUCCUUUCCCCUUCUGCUUCGCGUCUGUCUCCGCCACCCCGCUAUGGCCGCAGAAGAAGUGCUGCAAACGGUAGACCACUAUAAGACUGAAAUAGAGAGGCUGACCAAGGAGCUCACAGAAACGACCCACGAAAAGAUUCAGGCUGCCGAGUACGGGCUGGUGGUGCUGGAGGAGAAACUGUCUCUCAAGCAACAGUAUGACGAGCUGGAGGCCGAGUAUGACGGCCUCAAACAAGAGCUGGAGCAGCUCAAAGAGGAAUGGAAGCCUCCUCUUCCAGCUUUUGAUUUUCUAAGUAUGAUGGAUGCUCCUACAUCUCAAGCUUCUGCAAAGAAAGUUCCGGAGUGUGUGAAUGAAGCAGAGGUGUGGGAGAGUGCUGAGCAGCCACAGGGAGGUGCUUAG